CAACACAGGGACCCGUGAAAGGAGUGUUGGUCUAGAGCUGAAGGUUGUCAUGCCCUUCCCAAUUACAAUGGUAUAUUGACUUGGGCUAGAGUGAAAAGCUUAAGGGGAGGGGUAGGUGCUUGAAGCCUAGGAUUGUUGUAUGAGCCAGAGGAAGGCAAAGAGAACCACCUACUUUUGAACACUUAAGAGUAGGCUUGGGUCUUGCUGUGCUUUGAGGGUCUGCAGACUUGGUGAGAGGGUGCUGCUCUCCCCACACCCUGACACUGUUUCCCUCCCUUUUCCCUCCUUCUCUGUGUUGUUUUUGGCCUCCUGCCCAGCAUGGCCUUGAUUGAGCUGCCUCUGUCCUCGUGGUUUAUAAGAAUACAAGUUAGAGCUGCUCCCCCUGGGACGGGGAAGAUGGUGACUAGGUCUUAAGUGCCUACUAUGUGCCGGGCCCUAUGCUGAGUGCUGCAUCAGGCUGGCACCAGGGGCGGUGUUGAUGUGACCAUGCCAAGGCCAGGCAGAGUUGCUUGUGACUCGGCACUAACUGGGCAUGGUGGUGGGUAGGGGAAGGGAGGGCACAAACUGGCCCUGCUACCCUCUCCCUUUUCCCACUGCUGCUCUGGGCUUCACAUGGCCCUGAGUGAGAGAGAUUAUCUCGGGCUUGGAAUGGGUACUUUCCAGCCUCCUCCGGGACUGUGUCAGAUCCUGUGCUAAAAACUAGGGCUGCAUAGAAAGGCAAAAACAGUCCCUACCCUCGUGGAGAUUGCAUUCUAACACGGGAGGCAAGGUGCAAACACUUGUGUCCUUGAAUGAAAUACGUCUCUGUGUGUGUAAAUUGGAGGUCAGUUAGUCAUUCAGUCAGCAAGCAUUUAUUAACAACUUGCCAUGUUCUAGGCACUGUGUUAAGAAUUCAUCAUACAAAGAAAAGGAGCUUAUACGUGUAAAACAACUAGGUGCCCACAAGUUCUAGAUAUACAAAUUAGGUAGAAAGUAAUCUCAGAGGAAAGGCAUCAGUAGCGAGGCAGGGCUGAACUGAGUACAAGUGAGGGGAGUAGGGCAUUCUUUAUUUUUCUGUCACUCCUGCCCAUCCUGAAAUCAGAAGGGGAGGCAAGAGGACCCGGGUUCUUCCUCCUGGGACCAGAAUUUCCCAGCUACCUGCGGGGGCAGAGAGGCAGGCCCUUCCUGUGCUCGAGGCCAGGAUGCUGAGUGAGGUCUUGGAGCAGGGUCAGUGGGGCCUCUGCAAUGUCCCCUGCUGGGGAUUCGGUCCAUAUUGGCCCUGUUCUCAUAACCUCACCCCUCCUCCACAGCUGUUCUAGUCCCCUUGGGCCCAGAUGGAGUCACUGCCUGUCUUCCCUGGGGUUGACAAUACAAGAGCCCCCUCCAUCCUGACUGAGAAGGGGGAAUGGAGCAGGUGGCCUGAAGGAAAGGGGUGGGGUUGCCUAGGCUUGCCCUGCCCGUCCUUUUAUUCCUCUCCACCUCCAUCCCUUUUCUGAACUCUUUCCUUUUUUAAUCAGAGGAAGGGGAAAAGCAUUUCCUGGUUCCUGGAGCCGGGAGGGGGUUUGGGGAAGAGGUACUGACCUCAUAUCCUGUCUUCCCAGGCUAGCCUACCACUCCCCACCCUGUGUCACCAAGGGUACCGAGACCCUUCAGGGGAAGAGGGAUUUGGGCAGGGCUCCCCGGGGGAACAUCCCUCCCUCCCUGGUACUCUCCUUGUGGUACUCCACCCCCACAGGGUAACAUUCUCUCCCCUACCACCUUUCCGGCCAUUGUUCUGUCCUGGCUGGAGCGAUCCAGCGUGACCUGGCCCUUGUUCCUGUUCCUGGCCGUAAGACAGUUUUCUGCCGCUCCCCAGAGGGUCAGCCUUUGGCUCCUCUCUGUGGCAGAACCACCUAUGAAUCCAGGAGGAGAUGAGAAGGUCUCCUGCCCCGGGGCAGUUAUGGCCUUUGAGCCCUCUGCUUGGCCAUCACUGGGGUUUCGCCCAGAGCAGGGCCGAGCUGGAGAUCCUCUUAUCUGCGCCUUGUGGAAUUCCAGAAAAAGAAGGACCCUUCGGGUAGCUUUUCCCGCCCUGACCACCAAGCGUGUCAGCAGCCCUUAAACUCUGCCGUGUGUGUCUGCACGUGGCCCCCUUUGGGGCAGUCGUCUCCGGAGACAGGGAGCUCAGGGAAGGAGCCGCGCCACCUCUCCCCUCACAUACCCCCCUGCCACUCCCCAGUUGGCUUGGCUCAUCACUAGUGGAAUGACAUCCUGUCCUGCCUAGGCUGCAGGGGCAUUUAGGGGGCCCAGCUGGGACCCAGGGGCAGGCCUAGACCAGUGAGCCUGGCUCCCUGCCUAGGCCUGGGGUGGGCCAAGCUUCCUCCCUGGCAGAGAUGGGAACUAGCAGGAGAAAGGGCCUUCUAGGUGCUCCCGUCUCUGACAGAUCCUUCUUUGGUGGCUUGCAUAGAACCCCUUUUCAAACCCUUCUCUCCCUCCCAGGUCUAGUCACCGCAGACAGCACAAUUACACUUCUCAUCUCCAGAGACGAGAAGUUUCCCCCGAGAAUUGGGGGGUGCAGUAGAUUGUAAGCUACUUGAAGGAAGGGCGUUUGUUGUGUUUUAUCUUUGUAUCCCCACGUUGGAACCCAGUGUCCUGCACCUACAAGUUCAGUGAUAAAAUAUUUGCAUGAAUCGGAUUUUUAGCCCAGCCGCAAAAUCUCAUUGGGAGAGGGGGAAGGGGGACGACGAGAGAAGUUUCUCAAUAAUUUCAGCAGCCAAAGAGAGUCCCCAAGAUUGAAUAGUGGGCGUGAGAUUAGCAAAAGAUUGUUUCUGGGGCCUAUAAUAAAGAGAUGGUUCCCCCAAAGCACGGAUGGCAUUUGCCCUUACAUUCCUAAGCCUUAGACACCCCCCCCCCCCAAGGUUUCUCUCCCUCUCCUUUGCCUAUUUCAGCAAGAAUGUCAACCAUGUGCUCCAUGGGCUUGUCCAGCAUAGGGCACAGCGAGCUGGCAACGCCACCUCCCCCCAAACACCCCCCCCUACUCCAUUGUCCCUGUAAGCAGAAGCUAGUCUGGGGACGUAGGAAGAGGCAGCCCUGGGCUGCUGUGGUAGUUGGUCGGUUCUGAAGAGCAGAGCAGCAGUGGGGAGUGGGCCUGGGGUCAUGGGACUUGUGCUUUCCUGCACCCCGAGAGAGCUCCUCGGCUCCACUAAGAAGCUCAACGUAAACUACCAGGAUACAGAUGGGUUCUCAGCUCUGCACCAUGCAGCCUUGGGGGGCAGCCUAGAACUGAUGGCAUUACUGCUAGAAGCACAAGCCACAGUGGACAUCAAAGACAGCAAUGGCAUGCGCCCCUUGCACUAUGCAGCGUGGCAGGGCCGGCUGGAGCCCGUGCGCCUGCUGCUGAGAGCCGCUGCCGCCGUCAACGCCGCCUCCCUGGAUGGGCAGAUCCCCCUGCAUCUGGCCGCCCAGUACGGGCAUUACGAAGUGUCAGAAAUGCUUCUGCAGCAUCAGUCUAACCCCUGCCUGGUCAAUAAGGCUAAGAAGACCCCGCUGGACCUGGCCUGUGAGUUUGGGCGCCUGAAGGUAACCCAGCUCCUCCUAAAUAGCCACCUGUGCGUGGCUCUGCUGGAAGGGGAGGCCAAAGACCCAAGUGACCCCAACUACACCACGCCACUGCACCUGGCUGCCAAGAACGGGCACAAGGAAGUUAUCAGGCAGCUACUGAGAGCCGGGAUCGAGAUCAACCGCCAGACGAAGACGGGCACUGCCCUGCACGAGGCAGCACUCUACGGGAAGACGGAGGUGGUGCGGUUGCUGCUGGAGGGUGGUGUGGAUGUGAACAUCAGGAAUACAUAUAACCAGACAGCCCUGGACAUCGUGAACCAGUUCACUACCUCCCAGGCCAGCCGGGAAAUCAAGCAGUUACUGCGGGAAGCGUCAGGGAUCCUGAAAGUCCGGGCUCUCAAGGAUUUCUGGAACCUCCAUGAUCCUACUGCCCUCAAUAUCCGGGCUGGAGACAUCAUUACGGUUCUUGAGCAACACCCUGAUGGACGAUGGAAGGGACACAUACAUGAGAGCCAACUGGGCACUGACCGGGUGGGAUACUUCCCACCGGGCAUCGUUGAAGUGGUCAGCAAGCGGGCUGGGGUCACCAUACCUCGCCCCACGCCUGGGAGCAUAUCUCUGCGCCCAAAUUUUGCCAGGACCCCUCAGCUGCCAGCCGAUGACUCCCUGCACCCUCUCACCUAUAGCCAACUUCCUCGCAUUGGCAUUAGUCCAGAUAGUCCAGCAGCCAGUGACAGGAACAGUGUGGGCAGUGAAGGCAGCGUGGGCAGCAUCCGAAGUGCAGGGAGCGGUCAAAGUUCAGAGGGCACAAACGGGCACAACACCGGCCUCCUCAUUGAAAACACCCAGCCACUGACCCCUGCCGGAGAGGACCUGUCUCUGCCUGGCCUGCACCCCACAUCCCUGCCAGAAAACUUGAGCCACUGGUCUCUGACAAAUCAUCGCCCCAGGGAGCAAAUCUUCAACCAGGAUGUGAGACCAGAACAGCUGCUGGAGGGGAAGGAUGCUCAGGCUAUCCACAACUGGCUGAGCGAGUUCCAGCUGGAAAGCUACACCACUCACUUCCUGCAGGCUGGGUAUGACGUGCCGACUAUCAGCCGGAUGACGCCGGAGGACCUGACGGCCAUCGGGGUGACGAAGCCCGGACACAGGAAGAAGAUUGCCACCGAGAUCACCCAGCUCAACAUUGCGGAGUGGCUCCCGAGUUACAUCCCCGCGGACCUCCUGGAGUGGCUGGGAGCCCUGGGGCUGCCUCAGUAUCACAAGCAGCUAGUGAGCAGUGGCUAUGACUCCAUGGGGCUGGUGGCUGACCUCACCUGGGAGGAGCUACAGGAAAUAGGAGUCAAUAAACUGGGUCACCAGAAGAAGCUGAUGCUGGGAGUGAAACGUCUGGCAGAGCUUCGGCGGAGCUUGCUGCAGGGGGAGGGUCUGAGUGGGGGUGGGGGUGGGAGGCGGGGGGCAGGGAGGCCAGAGGUGAUGGCUAUUGAAGGGCUGGAGAAUGGUGACGGCCCUGCCGGGCCCCGGCUGGUCACCUUCCAAGCCAGCGAACUCAGCCCUGAGCUGCAGGCCGCCAUGGCCAGGGGCACCCCAGAGCCUCUGACCUUGCCCCCAGCCCGUUCUCCCAGCCAGGAGAGCAUUGGGGCCCGUUCUAGGGGUUCUGGGCACUCUCAAGAACAGCCUACCCCUAGAUCCACUACAGGGCACCCCAGUCCCCCUCCAGAGAGGAAUCUGCCAGAAGGCAACGAACAACCUUCCAGCAAGGACACCCCCCCCUACGUGCUCAUGCAUCCCCAUAGUUCACCCCCUAGUCCAGCUCCUGUGCUGCCUUCUAGUGGCCCCAGGGCCUUCUCCUAUCUGUCUGCUUCCCCCUCGACUCCUCCCGACCCUCCCCGCCCCAAACGCCGCUCCCACAGCUUGAGCCGCCCAGGACUGACCGAAGGGGAGACUGAAGGACCCGUGGGUAGUGCCUUAGACAGCUACGCCACGCUGACCCGGCGCCCCGGCCGGAGCACCCUGACCCAGGUCAGCGCUGGCUCCGCUCUCACCAGGGGGGCUCCCCGCAGCCAGUCCUUUGCCUUACGGGCUCGCCGAAAAGGGCCGCCCCCUCCGCCCCCCAAGCGCCUCAGUUCUGUUUCUGGUACUGCGCCAGACGCUCUUCUGUCUCCUGGGAGCCCAGGGCCCCAAGAAGAGGCUGUGGCAUCGCGCAGACGCACGCUGAGCGAACCCACUGGUCCUUCUGACCCUCCCAGCCCUGGCCCCGGGGGCGCUGCAUCAGACACGGAAGAGGAACGGGCUUCUGAAGGGACCUCCCGAUCCCGGGGCAGCUCUGGUGAGGGACUGCCCUUUGCUGAGGAAGGCAACCUGACCAUCAAGCAGCGGCCCAAGCCUGUGGGGCCCUCCAACCGCGAGGUCCCUAUCCCCCCGGGGCUGGAUUUCAACCUUACGGAGUCAGACACUGUCAAGCGGAGGCCCAAAUGUCGGGAGCGGGAGCCGCUGCAGACGGCACUUCUGGCUUUUGGGGCUGCCAGUGGCCCCCCGCCCCCCUCAGCCCCUCCGUCUCCACAGCCCCCCACCGAUUCCCCAGCGUCUCCCCCACCCGACUCGGCACCUCCCACUCCUCCGGCCCCCGGCCCCAACAGCCCACUGACGCUUACCACGGCACCGCCCCCCUCCAACACCUUCACUCAGGCUCCUGGUCCCCAGUUAGCUGGGUCUGGCCUGGAGGACUCAGUGGCCACCCAGCCAAAGGGGGAGACAAAGUCCCCGGCUCCUCCCUCGAGCCUCCUCAAGGUGCCAGAAGGAGGCACGGCUCCCAAGCCCGUGUCGGUGGCUUGUACACAACUGGCCUUCUCGGGGCCUAAGCUGGCUCCCAAGCCUGGCCCUCGGCCCGCCCCCCCUCCGAAGCCUGAGAGCGCGCCCGUGGCUGCCCAUGCCCAUCAGAGACUGGAGCAGACCAGCUCCUCCCUGGCCGCCGCCCUGAGGGCGGCUGAAAAGAGCAUCACUGCUGAGGACCGGGAAGGCCUCUCCCCGCCCGGCAACUCCAAGCACAUUCUGGAUGACAUCAGCACCAUGUUUGACGCCUUAGCUGACCAGCUGGAUGCUAUGCUGGAUUGAUGGGAAAGCAGCCCUCGGUGCAGCCGGCCCGGGUGUGGCCCUUCCUCCGGCAGGGAAGCAGUUAAGAAGGCCUGGAGGGCAGGGACCUGCGAGGAGCAGCUGCCCCCUCCCAUGGCUGCUCCUAAGCCAAUACCUGUCGGGAGCCCAGCUCCACCCCUCACAGCCCCGGCCGGAGGGCAGAGCAAACUUGUUGGAGCCUGACAGACUCGGGCCCUGCGCCAGCACCUGGCCUGUGUAAUCUGACCUGCUGGCUGGGCCCCUUGGACACGGCCUCGGGGAAAAGCUUCCUCUCCGGGUGUGGGGGACAAAGGCUUCAUCCCCUGCCCCGGGAGGCACACCUGAUGGGAAGGACUUCCCCAGAGAUAGGACAGCUGGGGGCCUGGCCCCGGGGCACGCAGAGCUCAGCCCCUGCCCUGUCUGGGAUGGGUCUUCCUUGCUGUCCCAGCGUCCAACCCCGACCAGACCUCUGUGUGUAUAUAGGACUUGUAAAUAGGCUGCGUGGGGUAGGGACUUGGAAGUGAAGCCGCCAUAGCCAGGUGCUGUCAGUCUCCUGACUCACUUUCCCCUUCCUCCCCCUGCUCCCACAAAGCUGCUGGGAUGGAGGGCGGGGUGCAGGCUGUGUUGUGGGCCAACUUGUGUAAUUCCAGAUUUUUUAAGCAGAGAGAAAGGUGUAUAUUUUAAAUGGAAUUUUCUCUAUUAACAAGCAGGGAAGGGCUCUAGCAAGGUCAGCAGCCCCCUCUCUCUGACCAUUAACUCCUUCCCGACACUAACUUCAAUGAAAGACUCAUUCCACUUAA